GUAGUCGAAAAAUGCCUCAAAGCUAUCAACAGUGAGGUGUUUGGAAACAGAUGUUGCAGUUGAAUUAUCUAAAUGUUUUUUUUCCAAUGCUGUGAGCACCACAAAUAAAAUUCAGUUCACCUCAGUUGCAUUGUUGUGGUGCCAGAAAUCUCAGAAACAGUUUCAGAAGCUCAGCAGAUACAAUGAAAACAAUUGGCAUGAUAUCAUUGGAUAUCACUAAGCAUGUCUAAUCUGGGUGAACUGACCAUUUGAACGAGUUUCAAAGUGAGUUUAUUUUCAAGUUUCAUCUAAAUGUCCAGUUUAAGUGUUUUUAGUCGACCAAUAUUUUUCUCAACAGACCACACCAGCAGUUGUAUGUUUAGUAAUCAGCCUAACAUACAGUGCUGCAGUCCUCUCAUACAGUAUGUCAGCCAAACCUGACCAAGUACCUCCACUGAGCACAAGCCUGGAAGUCAUACAACGAGGAGCCAUCAGCUCUGUAUAUGAGGCCUAAGCUUUUGAGCGUCUCUGACACACCUGUCAGGACAAGCUCAGUCUGACAAUAAGACUAAGACAAAAUGAUCUUAUGAAGGCUGUAUACCAGGACGUGUGAUUUAUGUCAUAUUAUAAAUGCCUGCUUAAAUACUUUUGUAUUUUGUGUAACAAACCUGGAAUGUCGACCGACCUCUUUUGUUUCCUUUUCCUCUAUGUUUACCUUUAAGAUUCAGUUUAAGCUACAGACAAUAAAGCUAUAGCUUAUGAUUAAUUACUUAAUGAGUGCAUCCUUUCUCAACAAGAAUAUGCAGUGAUUUGUAGAUUAAAGACUUGCUGUAUAAAUGAGGAAAGUCAUAGUCGACAUUUAACAGACUGAAGAAAAACAAUCCCAGCUACAAGACUUUGUGACAGUGAGUCACAUUUGCGCGCACACGUAGCGCCAGCAGAGCGACAUUCCUGAAGCAUUAAAAAAAAAACGCUGCUGAGAUUCGGUGUGUGGCGUUAAAUGCUCGCGCUCAGACAGGGACAGACCCGUUUGACGAGACGGACUGUUUUAAAGAUGAGUGUGAGUAUUCACAUUCACACUCACUCCUUCACUGAAACCGUCUCCUGCGCGCAUGGGACGCACACUUCUCUUGAUCACAGCGGAUGAAAAACACGCACCGAGUUGAGACAGUUCUUAUAAAAGUAUAAAACAAACUGUUGAUGGUAUAAUUUCAUAGACAGAAUGAGAGGCUGAGGAAAAAAAACUCUCUGCAGUAAACUUACUUGAAUAAGGAGGCAUUUGUCGUUUCGGUGGAUACUAAAACACAAUGGAUCAGGAGGACACAAUGGACUUCAAGGCCCUGAGGGCCAAGUUCCAGGAUGAAGAACUCCUCCUGAAGCAACCCAAGAUCAAACCUGCUCUCCCAGAGAAACCAAAAGUGGUCCCUCCUCCCCAGAGCCCCCCACAUUACCUCCCUGCAGGAGCACGCCCCUCCCUGCUCACCUCCAUCAACCGGACCUUGGAGGGAAAGUCAGCGAUUGCCCCCAGAGUUGUCUUCAAGGAUGAGAAGAAAGAGAGCAAGAAGCCUCACCUGACUAGCACAAAGGGAAAAGACAAGGGUGAAGGGAAGCUGAAAGAUGGUAAAGACAAGACGACAAAAGGAAGCAAAGAGAAGGUUGACGUUGAUUCAUCGGAUCAGAAGCAGAAGAAAGAGAGCAGUAAAGACAAGAAGUUCUCAUUGGUAGCUCCCAAGGAGAGCGCUGCAGAGCUGGUGUCAGCCACGCCUCCUCCUAAAGCAACACCACCAAAGAAGAAGGGCUUCCUGGGUUUCAGGAAGUCAACAAAAAGAUAUUCAGUGGAGGUCCCAGCUGAUCCCAUCCUAGACACGCCCAGCUCUGAUGUUCCUGGACCAGCUCCACUUAUUCCUGUACCUUCUGACUUUGUUGACUCAGUACCAGAGCCUGAAAUCUCUGCACCAAAGGCCCUUCUACCAAACAUUCCCACCUUACCUGAUUCCACUGCUGAAAUUACCCCGCCCUCCAUUAUACCUGCUCCUCCUGACUUCACCCCACCUCCAGCCUUUAUUCCAGAUAUUCCAGCUCCUGAAAUCCCAACCUCAGAAAGUGAAACCUCAGUUGAGAUAGAAACUCCUGCCCUGCCUGUUGCCAUACCUGCCAGCCAAAAUGAAACCAUUGCCAAUACACCCAGCACAGUCCCAACCCCUCCACCCAGUGCUGCACACCCAGACAGCUCUACUCCUCCUCCAGUGGCCUCCACUUCCACUCCACCUCCAUCACCCCCUGAACCUGAGAUUGCAGAUGUGGCUUCUGACGAGGCUGUAAACGUAGCUGUGGUGGAGGAGCCUCCUCCCCAAGUCACAGAUGCUCCAUCCAUCUCACCAUCUCCCAAAGCUGAGCGCCCAAUCUCAGCACUCUCAGUCUUGGAGAGGGCGGAGGACAUGAGCCCAGGGAAAAAGAGCCUGCCGUGUGACCAGAGGAUCUUUAGUGCUCUGGAGAAGGCUCGCAAGAAGUCCACCAGCCCACAGACAAACCCCAUCACUACCUACUCCCACACCCCACCUCCCGAAGAGCUUCCUCCUCCUCACAGCCCCACCCGCUCUGUCCCAGAGCUCCCACCCAUUGAUUAUGAAGAUCGGGCUGGGAAUGCCGCCCCACCGAAACCAGAGCAAGUUAAUGGCAUUGAUCAUAGGCAAGCCUCUCCAGUGUCGGAAGGCACCACUGAGGAGGGCUCUGAAGUCGUCCCAGAGCUGUUGGUGGUUCCACCUCCUCCACCCAGGAGGAUCAUCCCAGACCCUGAGUCUGUGGAUCCUGCUCCAGAGACACCUGACAGACCUCCCUCUGUCACCCUGAAUGACUUCAUCCCUCCUCCUCCUCUGCAGGACAAUGAGAUCCCUGCUCCUGCUGACUUCCCAGAGACCGACACCACCGAUGUCCCAGAGUUUGAUGAUGUGGCUUCAGAUGAACAUUCUCCAGAGCUGCCAGUGUCAGAGUGGGGGAAUGGGGAGUAUACAAAUCCAGAUACUCCAGACGGACAGAACCUUUCAGAUAUUUACAGUAAUGGGAUAAUUGCUGCGGGUGCUGGGGUCCAAGGAGUGCCAGUGUUGGGAGAUGAAUACCAAGAUAAUCCACAAUCCAGUCUGCCAGAGUCCUCCCUUCCUGUCGCUCAGGACUCUCAAAUAAUGGCAGAGCCCCAAGCAGAAGUUGGCAACGGCAUCUAUGAGAGUACGGAAAAUGUCUAUGAGGACAUCACCACAUCUGCUACAAAAAAGAAAGGAAAGAGUGAAGGGGGCAAGAAACGCAAAGGACCACCAAAGAAUCCAUAUGCUGAGGCAUCACAGGAAACAAAUGAAGAGAAAAGCAAGACAGGCAGGUUCGGCAAAGGCGACAAGAAAACCACCACAGAGGGGCCGGAUGAGAAAGAGCUGAAAAAGAAAGAGAAGCAGCGCCUGGAAAAGGAGAAGAAGGAGCUAAAGGAGAAGCAAGAAAGGGAAAAGAAAGAGCAGAAAGAGAGAGAAAAGAAGGAGAAUGAGAUGAAGAAGAAAUUUAAAAUCACAGGACAGGAGGAUGCCAUUUACCAGGCAAAAGUUACCGUAACGACUAAGGGACGCAAGAACGAUCUGCCCGUCACGAGCGGUGAUAUCAUCAGCAUCAUCCGAACAACCAACUGUCCCAAAGGGAAAUGGCUGGCCAGGGACAGCAGCAACAACUAUGGGUAUAUAGCAGUGGAUCAUGUGGAGCUGGACAUCAGGGAGAUGUUGGAGCUGGGAAAGAAGGCAGCGGUCACUCGCAAGAGCAGCGGCAAUGUUUUCGAGCCAGAGGUCACCAGUACAGGAAGCAGGACUUCAAAUCAUUACCCAAUAUCAACAGAGAGUUUUGAAUAUGACAGUGAGGAAUGGACCUGUGAUGAUGAUGACCCUCUCUCCUCUCCCACUGAAACUGCAGAUGCACUGACUCCAAUGGGCCACACCAGGACUCUCUCUGUGCCAGACAUGGGAAACAAAGACCUGAGCAUAAACCAUCAGCACAGUCACAGUGACAUCAUCGCAGAUGGCUCCCAUGUCCAAGCAAGACAUGAAGCACUUCAGAAGUUGGCCACAUUUUUCCAUUCGCCCAAACCUGUGGAGCCAUCUGCCAGCAGCACAGAACCUGAGACAAGUCUUGUGCUUACAAAGGAAGAAGCAGUUCACCUACCUGAGGCUAGGUCAACACAGGAAAUGGAUUUUGAACAUCCUGAGAUGCUCAUUUUACCUCCUCCUGAUGUGUAUGCUGAUUGAUCGUGGAGUAACCAUCGUGGAACAAGAGGAACAAAAAGCAGCCAGACAGAAGGGUGAUUUUCUUCAUAUUGUGUCACCUAAUAUACUGUGAAAAUAACUUCAACCUCUUGACUAUGACCUUAUUUACCUGGCGACUGCAUUUAUGGGUCAGCGUGGUGAUUCAUGUAAGGAGCAAGAAAUGUGGAUUUCUCAACAAGCCACACAUCAUCUCAGCAAAUGGAGCUCUUUGUGGGCUAUUUCUGUUCUUUGAAGCACUCUGUGUGAAACCAGUAGGGGAGAAGUUUGACUGGUGGCUCUUUGUGACUUAGAACCUUGGACCAAGGUGAACUGCUGAUUCCAGGAAAGGACCUACAAUCUGUUGCAGACACACAGGUUUUGAGGGUCCUGUGACCCUGGAGGCUCCUGUAGAUUAAAUUACACUUGAUGUGAUUUGUUUACUCAUCAUUUUCAUCCUUGCUCCCAGUUGUCAAUAGUCUCAGUUCUACCAGCUUGUUCCUCAGGACCAACCACUAAUCCACAGUCCAGGAUUACAGAACAGUUCAAAGAACCUUAGAGAUAAUUACUGGUUGGGUUGGAUGAAAUUAUUGUCCCACUCACUAGUUACCAGUUUACAGUGUUGGUAGCAAGGGAAAUAAAUAUAUAGCAAUAUAGAUAAUAAUCUUAUAAACGAAAAAAAGACUUUUUUAUUUUAGAUUUUUAAUUUUAGUCAUCAACUGGAAGUGAUGUGAUCUAUUUUCAGUAAUUUCCUGCUUUGUCCUCCUGCAUGUGAAUCUCUACAUCUCUGAUAAACACUGUUUAAAACCAAUGUACCUACAAUUUCCAAUUGCUUGCAUUAUUGUGCUUUUUUUGUACAUCUGUUCUACUUUGUAAUUUUAUUUACUCUCAUUAUUUUGUUCAAGCUCAUUAUGGAUUAUGGUAGUGCUUAUUGUAACUACUCUUAAGUAUUUAAGUGUUGUUUUUACCACAUUAGUUUAAUAAAAUAAUUAUCUUAAAAGGCACAGCAAUUAUCAUCAAUUAUGUCACAUAAACAUACAACAUAAGGAUUCUACUAGUACCAGUUGCUAUGUGUUAGUCAUAGUUGCAUCUUCUGGAGGGAAACAUCAUCCAUAAGCUUAAUUCUCGUUGUUUUUUAUGGAGUUGAUGUCUAGCAGGUGUCACUUUUAUGUGUCUCCUAUAUAUUCUUUCCCUCAAGCUGGUGAAUGAUAAGUAUAACAGAAAGAGGAAGUAAAGUAGUGAUGAUCACCUGAGGUCACAUUCAUGUAAAAUACUGUUGUUGACAUGUAGGAGGG